GGUGAAAGAUUUGUGGAUUUGAUAUUAUUUAAAUGAGAGACAUUAAAACUUCCGGGAUACAUGCACUAAAUGUGUUUAUUAUGGGGAGGAUACAAGACUGUUUUAAAGAAAAUAGUGAUGUUAUUGUGGAAUUGUUAUCCAAAAAUCUGAAUCAAAUUGUGUUUAAGUUGCACAGACGAAAUAUAAUAUCGGACAGUGAAAAGCUUGGUGUUGAAUGUAGUUUGUCGCCACAUUUGGGAAUACGAGAUUUGUUUUAUUACAUAGAAGUUAAUGAUAAAUCCGAAGAAUUUAUUGAAGUACUUAAUCAGACUGAAAAUGGCGGAAUAGCACAUCUUGUUCGCCUUUCAGCGAAUUAUUACUUUACGUCAGAAUUAAAAAAUUCGGAAUAUGCAAUAGGCACGGAUGUUGUUUUGUCCUGUGAAAUCAGUAAUGAUCGUGCCGUUCAGUGGUUUAAAAAUGGAAUAGAAUUAUCAACAGGUUCAAAAUACACUCUUAAAAAUGAUGUUCUUGCCCAUCAGCUGAUUAUUUUGAAUGCACAGGAAGAGGAUGCAGGCGAUUAUUUGUGUGAAUGUUGCUAUGCAAAGACAAAGUGUAGACUAAAAGCAGGUUUACAAGUCAUUAAAGCUCUUAGAGAUUUAGAGUUGGUGAAGGGAGAAACUCUUCAUUUAAGUUGCAAGUUGAACAGAGAUUUGAAUGUCAAAUGGUUGAAAAAUGGCAAACAAAUUUUAUGCGACAAACAGACAGAUUGCAAGAAAACUUCUAAGGAAAAUUUGUUCAAGUACACAUUGAAGAUGAAAGAUAUCAAGAUGGUAAACAGUGGAGAGUAUAGUUGCGUGUGUGGUAAUUUCAAAACAUCCUGCUUUGUGAUAAUAACAGACAUACCAAUAGAACAAAUAAUCAAUGCCAGAACGACAGAAAAAUUGUAUGAAAUACAAGAGAAAAAGGAGGAACUAACACAGAAAGAAGAAAAAAUUGUUAAAGAAGAAACAAAGCUUCUUGAAAUGAAAACUGAAAUUAAGAACAAAGAAAUGGUUAUUAAAGAAAAAGUAGAUGAAAUAGAAAGUCAAAAGUGCAAACUAGCUAUAAAAGAGGAAGAGAUGAAACAACGAGAAGUACAGUUGGAAUUGAAAGAAGCCAAAUUUGGCGAACUUGAAAGAGAGAAAAAUAUGUUAAAUAAAAAUUCUCUAACCUUGAUUCAGCAAAGUGAAGAAUUAAAAUUUACAAGAGCAAAUGCAAAAGUAAUGCAAAACGAAUUGGAUUCAUUAAAAGACGAGAAGAGAGAACUAGAAAAAAGGAUUGAAUUGUUAGAGAAAUAUAUCGACAAUGGAAGUGAAACUCAUAAAAAGACAAUUACAGAAAUUAGAGAAACAUAUGAGAAUAUGAUAACACAAAUGAAAGCAGAGCAUACAGACUCAAUAGCUAAUAUAGCUAAAACAUUAGAGGAUAUGCAGCGGAAACAAUCCGGAAUAUGUGUAGUUUCAUAGUGAUGUAUAAAUUUUCUAGCAACGGUUUGCACAGUUCUUUCUGGAUUAUGAUUGCAGAAAACAGUUGCAGUGUUAUUACCUAUUCACUUAGCAUAAUUUGAUUGCAGAUACAGAUUUAGUUUUUGGUUGAAUUAGAUACUAGUAGAUCAACUACCCUACAUUUACAAAAACAUAUACAUAUUUUAAUCCUACGUUGAAUGUAUCUUGUUCCAAACUUUCUUUAAAGUAUCUAUGUUAUGAUAUGUGAAUAUCUAAAAAUGUGGCGAUGUUACCUUU